AUGAUUGUAAAACAAAAAAGAGAAGCCUUUCAUAUUUAAUUGCGAAGAAACUAAAGAGAACUCAUAUUCUCAAAAAAAAGAAUACUUGAACUUCCCUCCUAGUCAUCCAUAAAUAAUUAAGCUAUCCUAAUACUUUAAGGUCUAUCCUAAAAUCAAAUUACCUUAAACCUAUUUUUUGAACAACUCACAUUUCCACUUCCAAAAUAUACAGAAUUACAUCUUUUAACUAUACCAUAUAUAUAAUAAGCUACUGAAUAAUAUCUCUAUGAUAUUCGUUAAUCUAAUAAAUAAAUUAAUGAUGAUGAUCAAGAAAUAUCAGAAUAAAUUGUUUUAUCUAUGUUAAUAUAUCUUAAUUAACUCACUUAUUUCAUCAAAAUAGAAUUCUCAUUAGAAUCUUUUUUAGAUAUUCUUUUUUCAAUAUUAAAUGCAACCAAUAAAUUUAAAAUUAUGGAUAAGCUAUGUCAAAUAUUUUAUAAUUUAUUGCUUGAUUUUCCAUCAAUUCAAAACUUAUUACUAUAGAAGAACCUUCCAAUUCUACUUACCAAUAAAUAUCUUUAGAAUAUCACCUUUGAUUUAUAUAAUCUUAAAAAUCUACUUAUGAUUCUACAUAAGUUAGUUAAUCUUGGAUAUCAAGAAUACAAUCUCAUACAUCCUAUCCUUCAUAAAUUAUAAAAUACUUCUAAUAUUGAACAAGAACACUAUGUAGAAAUUAUGGAAUACUUUUUUUCAUUUCUCUCUAAUUGUUCAUCUAAUUAUGAUCCUUUAAUUAUUCAAUAAGUUGAACUCUUUGAAAAAUUCUUAGAAUUUUAAUAUGUUAGAUGGUCUGUAGAUUUACUCUUUAAAUAUGAUAAACAUUACAAUCUAGUGUGUAAUAUCUAUUAAUUUCUUAAUAACUUAAGUUAAGGUACAUUUGGCUAAAGUAUGAUUGAUCAAGGUAUCUUAAGUGUUCUUUAAGUACAUUUAAAUGAAAAAUCAGCCCCUCAAAUACUUAUUUAUUCACUAAUAACAAAUUUAAUUGUAGAUGAUUUCACUAGUAUUUUUCAAUGUGGAAUCCUUAUUAGAAUUCCAGCUAUAUUUAAUCAAGGAUUUCCUACAUAAGACUACAUUAGUGAAUUACUUUAUUGUAUUACUGCUGCAUUUUCAAAAGCAGAUGAAGAUUAUAUUAAACAACUAAACAGACUCAAAUUAAUUGAUUGCUUAAUCACUUAUUUCACUGAUUUUCCUUAAGAAUUUCUAGAUUUAGAUCUUUGCCAAAAGAUUAUAAGAAUUCUUUUGAAUACAAUAGAAUUCCAAAAUUAAGAAUCAGAGCAUGAUUAUGAUUACUUAGAGGUAUUGAAAAAUAAUACUAUAUUUAUCAUGAGAUGCAAUUAUCUAUUUGGAUUAACUUAAGAUAACUAUUGUGAGACUUUGCUUAAUAUUCUGUUUGAAAUUUGA